GCUGUUGGGAGAAUGAUCGACUUGUAUUUCUUCACCGACCGGGCAACCACGAAAGACGUGGUACUUUUGCCUGCGCUGUGCCACGAUGUGGCUCUUUUCUCCAUAGCUGUACAGCUCUUGCUCCUUAUGCUGAUCUUGUGCUAUGUUUUUUUCAAGGCUCUGGCCGAGCGCCUGGCCAACCUCUCGCGCGCAAGGAGCACUGCAGCAGAGGAGGCCGCAGACGAGCAGGCCCCAAAGUUCAGGAUUGAGUUGCAGCCGCCGUGCAAAUGCCUGCGGUUUGCAGUGAAGUGGGAUCCUGAUAUGAGAAACAUGAUUAACAGCCUCAAAGAGGAGGGUGAGGAAGCCCUCACUCCAUUCUUCGAAAGUGAGGUCUUUGUUUGGAAGCUGCGCAAGUACGUUCGCAACAUGGUCUCAAAAGCCGACCGUUUGAACCUCAAGAGAGAUGUGAUCCAGCGUCGGCAACAGCGUGAGCUGAACGAAAGAACGGCCCAGAAGACGGCCGAGCAAGAGAUGCAAGACCGACAAGCUUUGUUAGAGCUCUUCGGGCAAGUGGACCAACCAGUGGCUGCUGCUCAGGCUCCAUUGGUACAAGAGCAGGCACCUGUGGUGGAACCUUCGGAGAAGCCAGCAGCUUCUACUGUGGUGCCAGUUGUGGAAGAAGAGGACACGCCGGAUCCGUUUCUGAAGAUGCUUGCUGCGACUUCACAAAAGAAGCCAACAGACCCCCAGAUGUCGCCAGAAGAUGCUGCUGCCCUGGCUUCUAUGAUGGCAGAGGGGCCUACAAGCGGCUUGACAGAAGCACGGCAACCAGAUCAACCCAUGGAUGCAGAAGCGCCGGAGGCCUUUGGGCACAUGCUCAGUGAAACUUCCCAGAUGAAGCCAGUCGAAGCUCAAAUGUCGCCCGAGGAUGUUGCAGCGAUGGCAUCAAUGAUGGCGGAGCAGCCUCCAAGCAGCACAACUGAAGCACCUCAAUCUGAGCAAUCCGUGGCUGGUGAGUCACCGGAUGCCUUUAUGACAAUGCUCAUGGAGACCUCGCGGAAGAAGCUGGCAGACACGCAGAUGUCACCAGCGGAUGCUGCGGCAAUGGCAGCCAUGAUGUCUGUAGAACAGCCCUUGAAAGCAGAGGCACCGAAUGUCCAACUAGCCCUCAAUGAGACUUCGGAGAAGAAGCCGAUUGAUGCUCGAUUGUCACAGGAGGAUGCGGCCGCCCUGGCCUGUCUGAUGGCAGAGGAGCCUGCCAGCAACUCUACCGAAACUCCGCAGGCAGAAGUGCCCUCGGCAGAAGAGUCCGCAUGCGACACAGAUGGCUGGGACUGCGAGGACUUCUGGGCACUUAUCGAUUCCACCCUGCCACCGGAAGAGGCAGCAGCACAGCUCUUCACAGCAAUGGGCAUCCCGGGAGACCUUGCAUUUGCCACAAGGGCACCUGUCGUGCCCACCAACACUAUCAAGAGCGAGGAUCCCUUCAAGGACUUCUGGGACAGUUUGGAUGACAACAUGUCGCCUGAACUGGUGGCAGCCAAGCUCGUGAACACGGCCCAGUUCAUACAGGUGAAGAAGAUCCGGCAUACCGUUGAAGAGGCGCUUGCCAAGUUCGGCAUCACCAAGAUGAAGGCGUUGGACGCCGACUUCGACCCCGCACAUCACGAGGCGAUGUUCGCCAUGGAGAUGCCGGGCAAGGAGCCUAACAAGAUUUUCCACGUCAUGGAGCCGGGUUACAUGAUCCACGACCGCACGCUCCGGGCGGCCAAGGUCGGAGUGACGAAAUGA